AUGGCGGCCACGGAUUUGGAUAUGGCGCUCCAUCAGAGCGUGAUGGAGCGCCGGCGGCCGAUCGAGGAGAAGAUGGCAGAAGACGACGCCAAACGGCGCGCAAAGUGGUACGCUGACCGAGAUUAUGGAAAACGCAACGGUGGAAUAAAGUCACAAAGACUGUAGUUGAUGGAACGGGAAUCAAAAAAAACAAAGCAAUGACACCUUAUGUGCAAUGUGACUGCCCGUCAGAAGGACAUUCCAGGAGAACGAAAGCUCUCACGAUCGGACUACUGCAUGCUCUGACGAAUAGCAUGAAUUUUUCACACAACGACUGGUUCUGCCUGCGUAGUCAAACGACAGCGCGUUUUGCUAGUCACAUUCCGGAAUAAUUUUUCCCUGCUGUCGGUGACUUUCAAGCGUUGUUUUAAUUUCAUACGCCGACCCUGGGUGGUGCACAACUGACGAGAGACAAGAUCAAGAAGAUCUUGCGGAGCGAUCGACGACUCUAUUACUCGACGCCGGGGCUAAACGAAAAAAUCUACCUUCAUUUCGGCGGCUACACGAAAAUCGAGAACUUGGAGGAAUUCACGGAGAUGCGGGCACUUUACCUGGAAUCAAACGCGAUCGAGAAAAUCGAAAAUCUGGAGUCCAUGACCAAACUCCGGUCUCUGUUCAUACACGAGAACUGUAUAGCAUUAUACAUUUUUUACCUGGUCUAGUUCGUUGCAUUUUUCGCCAUCGCGGCAUGGACAAAAAACAAAACGGUUCGACGACGCUUCUUGCUUGAUCAUUUCAUAGGCCGUGUGAAAGGCGUGUUUCUGCAUAGGGCUAUGUAUAGACUUCGCAUCGCUUGCAGCGUAGAGAAAGAGUCCAGCACCAUGGGGGUAUCUGCGGCGAAAAGAAAAAAUAACCCAUCUCAGGUCUUAAAUCUAUUGACGGGAUCGCGCACAUGCAGGACCUACAGACCCUGAACUGUUGCAACAACUUCAUUUACAAAAUCGAAAACCUGCCACCGAACCUGUCAACCCUGCAGAUUGCCAACAACCAGCUUGGGCACAAUGGUAAAAUUUGCGUACUAUCCAAGUCGUCGCUACAAUAAUAUGCGCAGUGCCCCACGCAGGAUAGAUGAUGAUGAUAUGCAGAUGUGAGUUAGUGGUUCUCAGGCUGAAACAAGAUUUGGCCCGGCGGGCUAGCUGUUGAGAAAAAACGUAAAUAACGCGCAUCUUAGAUCCGAACGCGUAGUGCAUCCUAGCAUUUCUUAGGUUUGUUGAAAAAAUUACGUUGCAGGCCUGGACGACGUGCGAGACCUGGUGGGAAGCAAAAUUGCAGUCCUGGACCUCCAAGGAAGUAUCAAUCGGAUAUUCGGUGCAGUAGUAUCUAUUCGCACGCGAUUUUGUCCCCUUUGUUCUGCAGCCAUGCAUGCCGCUGCUGCGCCAUUUGAUGCAUCAUUGACCGCGCUAGAGCGAAGAGUCGUCGCUGCAAACAAUCUGCUCUGUCCUGAAUGGGACGGGAUGGUAGACGGAUUCUUCGACCACGACCCGUCAUAGAAUACAGAAUUGCAUUUUUUCGCGCAUCUUCUCUGGUGGAAUAAGGAGCCAUUCAGGUCGAGGGGUCAUCGGAGAGUUAAAGAGGACCGAGGACAUGGUCUCUCCCCUCGCAAUGAAAAGACGUGCAAUGUACUGCUGGCACAACUGGUUUGCACGUGAUAGCUUACAAGAUCAAAGAGCCCGAACUGGUGCAGGAGGUCCUCGAAAAAAUGCCGGAGUUGAAGGUGCUGUACUUGAAGGGAAAUCCCGUCGUGUCCGCCAUCAAAUCCUACCGAAAGAGGGUAAGGUUUCUUCAGUCAUGAUUAUCGAUGUGGAAGAACCCGAUUACGCAACCCAGCUUCAAACAAAAACAAAACAUUUCUGAUGAUGGUGACGUCAAGAAAAACGGCUAACCACCAACUACUAUUUCCGCGCGUGCGAUUGUGUUACGGCAGAUGCAGAAGUUGUCCACUCCGAAUAGAACACUGACGGAAAUUGCUCAUGAUUGCACUCACAACUCUGUCCUUUCCCAGGUGAUUGCUGCGCUGCCGAACCUGUCGUACCUGGAUGACCGACCUGUUUUCAAGGACGAGCGACGAUUUUCGGAAGCUUUCGUGCAGGGCGGCUUAGAAGCAGAGCGGGCGGAGCGCAAGCUGCACAAGGAAGAGGAGCGAGACGCGCAUCGCAAGCAGAUGGAAUCCUUUAAGCGCAUGUGCGACGAGGCGAAGCGGCAGGGUCGGGAGCGCCGCGCAAUGAUGGCCAUAUGCAGUGCAAAUCCAGUGAUGUGGUCCUCGCGUGAAGACUAAAGUAGUCAGAAGUAAGCGUCGACAUCGGCACGUGAAGUCGAAACCUGCAGCGGCACAGCGGUAGUAGUAAGUGAGUGUAUGUGCAACAUGCGCGCGUGAUACGCACUGCGUAUCGCGUAAGACUGGAGCUGAGUCAGUGUGCAUCCGAACGAUUGACAGUUUGUUCUUUUCCCGUCCGCGGAUUAUAACGUACGUAGAACCAUCACGACAGUGAUCAUGACAGUUUUUCAAUGCAUAGGCCAAUGACAAGUACGAUGAAGACACAGAUCCUGUGGACACGUGGGAGCGCCGGUGCCGGCGGAGCAUCAUGGGAUGGGAAGAAGAGAACAAGGAGCUGCUGAAGGACGACUCAAAGGAGAAAGCGUAUCACACAGGAGAAGGUUCCCACACCCGUCAUGCAAAUUUGAAACCGCGAAAAAGGCAGAAAAUUUCUCGUUUAUGUCUUCCGUAGGAUGAUCCUGUUCCUGGGGACGACGAGAUCGCGCGGUGAUUUGUAAAUGAGCGCAUGAUUGCAUCAAAUAGAAGUGCUAGGGGAAAUUUUGUGUGUGAUAAGCAGCUGAAGGUGCUGAAGCUCGAGAAAGAGCAGGGCAAAGGGCUGUACGACCCAGAGCUGCAGAAAGCCUACGCCGACGCGGACAGUCGUGCCUCCACCAAGAGCAACGGAUCGGGUGCGGGAACCUCUUCGUCCUCCUCGGAAAGCAUUCCCUCAAGUACGCUCUAUUGUAGAAUAACAGUGUGUGUUUUGAAAAAGAAUACGAAUACCUGCAGUCAAUCUUCUUCGCCAUCGCCAGUGACCCCUCAUCUUCGUAUUGCAGCCCUUAUCUAUCCUGGUACGUAACUUGACAGGAGCGCAGAGUACUCAUAGACCCAUGUUGACGAUUGCUUCUUUCGCAUGUAUUUUUCUUCUCCGAAUAGUCUCUAUGAUACAUCAUUUGAAAUCGCUUCGCGCACCAAAAUGAUUACCAGGGUGGCAUUCCGAUUACUCUAAGACCAAAGCGAGCAAAGUGGAGGAGAAGAAGAAGCAGAGCUAUGGCGACGUGUGGGACGAUGAAGCCAUUGUUUUCGACAAUCCCACCUCGCAGACGCAGUCAGGCACCGUGGCGGAUCACACAAGUUCCGCGGGCGCGGCCAAGCAAAAGCUGCCCUCCAUGCAGGACAUCGAAACUAUGAUGUCGCGGCUGGGCUCGGAGGAACGGGCCGCUGUCCAGGAAAUCCUGGAAGCAGCGGGCGGAGAGCCGGCGGCAGCUUCUUCGGCGAGUAGUAGCAGCUCUAGUACUACUAGCACGGGAAGUAGUAGCAAGAAAAGCCGCGGAACUUCCACAGGAGGCGCGAAGAGCGGGCAGAGCAGCACGCGCAUGGAAAUCGAGGAGGAAGAGCUGAGCACCACGGUGGAAAACGACGAGGACGGAAGAGCCGAGCAACCAAGCAAGCCGGGGUUCAGUUUCAACCCGCGGGGCCGGCAGCAGACCGGCCCGAAGGCCCGCGGCGCGGGCGGCGGCGGAGGAAAGAAAGUAACCACCGCAAACGAGCUCGACGAGCUCGAUUGAGAAUAAGAGGAGCUAGUCGCACUCCAUUCUCGUUGACCUUUUCACAUAGUACCUUUUAGUUGAACUGCAACUUUUUGAAGUCCAAAUAGUCGAAAUAGUCUCAUAGAAACUGUUCUUAUUGGGUGCUCUCUUGAUGUUUCUCUCUGUUGCAUGGCAGUGUAGAUAUAAACCCCGUUUGCGGAGAUGAAGCUGUUUCUUAAUCCAUCCCGGAGACCUUUUAUAGUCUCUGAAAAGGUUACAUAAUUGUAAUUGUAUAGCGCAACCGUUUAGAGAACACGCUUCUGGGUACCUAAGGGACUGUUUUUGUUGUUGAAAUUGAAAGCAUUUGCAUGACUGCUUCGUCGCGCGGCAUUAUCUUCUCUUUAGGGGCGGGAGCUGCAGCAUUCGCUGGCGCUGCUUCAGGCAGCCAUGGCUUGCUUUGUACUUACAGGUAAUGGUGGUACAGUGAACUUCUUUGCCAGGCAGUCAGGACUUGCUAGGCAGAAAAUACCGCCUCAUCAGGCGACUCUGGCGUCGAUCGACAGCAUGCAAUUACCGCGUGAGAUGUAACUUGAAAGGAAGUACUUUCAAGUUUUCAGCUUACCAAAAACCAACCUUAUGACUCUCGUAUAGAUUUUUCGCUGGAAAGGUCUAAAAAGUAAAAAUGAUAUACAGGGCUAGAUUGUGUCUGAGGCUCCCUUCCAAACUGUGCUAUAUUCCGGGCGCAGCAGCACUGCCUCUCCUUUCGAGUUCUAAUCAUGUCUAUCUUUUGCAUGCAUCGAGACAGGCACGCCGGCGAUUUUCGAAGUUGGGGCACGGACAACGCGGUGCAUUUGGGUCUCGCACGCAAGACCAGUUUUCUUGAUUCGAGUAUUCAUAAUGAGCCCAGUUCUACAUGUUUUUCUUUUUCAAGAAUCUUUGUCCGUGAUCUUGAAGAUCACGAAUAAGUCGACACAGAACUACGAUCAUGACGCUGAGAGGACUACGGAAUCG